AUGGCUGCGCUCACUCCAGCCUCCAAAAAGAGCAAAGUCCCACUCUCGGAUCUCCUGCCUCCUCUCAUUUUCGGAACUGCAACAUUCAAUUAUCAAUACAACCCAGAUCCUUACGAACUCGACCCGACCGGGCUCGUCCAGCAAGCCUUGGAAUACAAGAUCCGUGCUUUCGACACAUCUCCAUACUAUGGUCCAUCAGAGGAGAUUCUUGGGGCUUCCCUGGAUACUCCCUGGGUCCACGCUAACGUCAGACGAGAAGAGUACUUUCUCCUCACGAAAUGUGGUCGCAUUUCUUCGGACCACUUCGAUUAUCGUCCGGCUUCCAUCGCCGCGAGCGUCCGCCGCAGCCUGGUGCGCUUACGGACGACAUACCUGGACGUCGUCUACUGCCACGAUGUAGAGUUCGUAUCGAGCGAUUCUGUCGUGGCAGCGGUCCGCGAGUUGCGUCGAUUGCGCGACACCGAAGGCAUCGUCAAGUACGUCGGCAUCUCCGGCUAUCCGGUGCCUGUCCUGGUUGCUCUCGCGACCCGUAUCUUGGCCGAGACAGGGGAGCCCUUGGACGCGGUCAUGUCCUACGCCAACUUCACGCUGCAGAACGGCGCGCUCGGCUCGGCCGAGACUCUGGCGGCGUUCGCGGCCGCGAAGGUGGAUGUCGUGCCGAACGCAUCCCCGCUCGGCAUGGGCUUGCUGCGCCGGGAGGGAAUCCCUUUGGGCAGCUUGGGCGAUUGGCACCCGGCCCCGUACGACUUGCGAGCUGCUGUGGCUCGCGCGAGUGACCUCUGCGAUGUCCACGGCGAACAGCUCGAGGUCAUCGCACUCCGCUGGGCACUGGAGGAAUGGCUCGCCCGGGGCGCGCCGGUGGGAAGCCGUGGGGAUCCUGCUGCGGGUACCACGCCUGUGGCGGCCACGCCCACGCCGACGUCGGAGAAAUCGCCUCGCCUUGGAGUCAGCGUGAUGGGGGUCUCGAAAGCUGCUGAGUUACGCAAGACCGUGGAAGUCUGGCAUAGCAUUUUGGAAGGCCAUGCGGGAAGCAACAUCGGCACUGCGAAUGAUCUUGAAUCGAGCUUGACUCGUCGUCAAGUCGUACAGAAGCUGGCCAGCGAAGUCCAGGAACGCUUGGGCAAGGAGUGGCUCGAUUAUGCUUGGGAUAGUCCUACGAAAGGCGCGAAGGUUGUCAGUGAAGGAGAGACAGAUGAGACUGCAAAUCAAGCGUAAGGGGGUACACAGUCGGACAGCUGAAAGUGAAUCGCCAAAGCACGAUCUGGGGCGUCAGAUGUGGAAGAUGUCCUGCGUUGCCUUAUGAUUCCGUCCAACGCUAGCUCCACUGCCUUCUGGAAUUUACGUUUCCGUGCCGAAAGACACAAGAUUAGAAAAUCCGUCUGCAUUCUGGGAAAUGCAGCUUAACAGUCAGGAUCAGAUCCAAGGGAUAUCAGAGAAGAUCUAGCAGCAUCUGAAGCUUUAUAGGGAUCUAGCGUUCUGCAUACAGGACAGCGAGGAAACUUCUUGCUCGAGAAGAUGUACAACGGGUCUGGGCGCAGCCCACGAACCGCGGCCGUUCAUGUUCC